AUGCCACGUGAAAUAAAAGAGGUGAAAGAUUUCUUAAACAAGGCACGUCGUGCUGACGCCCGUGCUGUGAAAAUCAAGAAGAAUCCCUCUAACACAAAAUUUAAGAUUCGUUGCUCGCGGUUCUUAUACACAUUGGUGGUUCAGGACAAAGAGAAAGCCGAAAAAAUCAAGCAGUCCUUGCCGCCAGGCUUACAAGUAAAGGAAGUCAAGUGAUUGUGUUACAUUUGAAAGCGUGUGAUAACUAGAGUAUGGAAAAAAUGUCCAUGUGUUCUGUGAGCACUUAUGCAGAAAUCAUAUUUGUUUUCAAGUACUGAAAUACAAAUUAUCAAUAUGUUUCAAAAAAUAA